AUGGCAGGGGCAGUGGCAGAAGUUUUUGUCGAGCUGCUCGCAGUCAUCAGUGAGGCGGACGUUGAAGCUGCAGCAUCAACUGCUUUGCUAGAUGUUGCGGGCGAAGGACUCAUUGCUGGAGGCGCUGAGCUCUUGACGGGUACAACUGCAGAGGGAGAAAUCAUCUUGGAACCCAUAUUCGAAGAGGCCGGGAGUGGAGCUGCCGCGGAUCUGAUCGGCUCUGCCGACGUGGCGAAUCUGAGCAGAGGACAACUCAACCUGCUCUGGCAAGACGCAAAGACCUUCGCGCGCUGGACUGGUCGCGAGAUUAUGAAAGGAGCGUUGUUCCAAGUUGGACUCGAGGCCGUCGAGGGUCUUAUGGCAAAGCACCCGCCUCCUGGACCAGAUUAUUCCGACCUCAUUCAAGCCAUUGGAGCAGUGGGGGGUGCCUUGAAGAUUCUGACGGAUGUCACAACCGAAUGGCGAAAGUGGUCCGUCAAGCACUUUUCAAAACGCGAAGAGUUUGGCCAGGUCCGAGUCGAAGAUACACUCAUUCUUCGAUUCGAGAUCUUCCGAAAUAAAUUGGGUCAAAUUAGUUUCUACAUGCAGAAGAAUUUGGGUCCUCUUCUCGCCCAGGUCAAAAAUAACAUCGAUAAGGCCAAUAUUAGUGGGCUGAAGAGCGGGAUGAGGACGUAUGCGGACAUGGUAUUGGCUAUCAGCAAGGGAAUUAAAGAGAAGGAGGUGUUGAUGAUGCAUGCUGGACUUAAAGAUCGUUACGACGAUCUUCAAAAGGCUCGUGAUCUCUUGAACUAA